AAACCAGAGGGGGACUUGAAGUUGAAGCACUGAAUGCAUGAGAGCUCAGAGAAUCUGAAUAGUCUGCAGAGAGCACAUGGGAGCAGCCUGAGGAGCUGGAACCAUUGGCUGGUCCUUUGCGCAGCCAGACGGUUGGGUUCAUGCUCUUCGAAGAAACGAACACACAUCAGAAACCAUUACCUCUGGGGACGGCACGACCCCUGGUUUGCAGAUUGUGGACAAGGAGGAAAGCAAGGUCGGCAGUGCAGUGUUGUCCAGCGGCUCAGCCCCAAAACGCCUAGACAAGGAGCAAAUCUUCUGCAAGAAGGGAGACCAUGCUCGGAGGCGAGAAAAGAGGAGUGCCAGCCCGGAGGGGCUUAACCGUACUUGGCAAAAUUCCAGCGGUGCCAAAGCCUAUCAAUCUUCCCAGUCAGAGGCUUGAAAAUCGGGGACUCGAUCCCAAUGUCGAGAUUGUACCCAAGGGCUCCUUUGGAUGGGCCACCGGACGUUCUCCCCCAACAAGCGCCGGUCCAUGGGGCGCUCACGCCCCUCCGCCAGCGGGGCCCUGGGGCGGGCCUGCCCAGCCAACCGCCGCGACGCCUCAGCCGAGCCUUCUGGAAGUUCAGCAACAGCAGUUAGAACAGCAGCAGCAGCAGAAGCAGACCCCUGCACCACCAGGAUCAAGCGCAUGGGCCAACAAAGGCCCCCCGCCUGGGGACCAGGCACCGGUUCAUGAGCCGCGCCCACCUCGUCCUGCAAGUGCUGACGAUGCGGGACGUGCUUUGAAGACGAGUCUGAGUACGAAGUCGGCAGACGGGGGACCCCCUGCUCCUGGAACGCCGCCAGUGCCAUCGGCAUGGGGGCUACAGAAGCCUGCGGGACCUGGUUCCUCUUCGCGCCCCGCGAACGACAAAGACUUUCCGGCUUUCGGAGCAGAGAGGGCGCCUGAUGAGCCGCCGCGCUCAGGAGGAAGCCACAGGGAGGUGGGAGCACCUGACAGGAGAGGGCACGGUUACCAGGACGGACCUUUUCCGCGAACACCAGAUGGCUUCCAUGGUCAGGGGCACUACGGACCUCCCCCGCCUCGUUCGGCAGACACCUGGCGGCGUGAAGAUGAUCAUCACGGCCCUGCCAGCGCGGACAGCUGGAGAAAGGACGGGCCUCAUGGGGGCGACACCUGGCGUCGGGAGGCGGGGCCUGCGCAUCCUCAUCCAGAAGAUAGGUGGCGCAGGGAGGGCCCUCCACCUGGCGGCUUUGCAAAUCAGGGCCGCUUCCCUCCUGGGGGGCAUUUCCAGCCCCCAGGCCCUGCUGGCUACGGCCGGGGCCACCCCCCCGACCCGUACCAGGUGCACCUGCUUCCUGGUCACCGGCCAGGUUCCGCUGACGGUUUUCAAGGACGGCAGGCUUUCGGGGCCUUCGACGAUAGGGGCUUUGCUCCAAGGGGGGGGAAUUUCGCCCCUGGCUAUGGUCCCCCACCACAAAAUAUUGAUCCCCGGUACUCGCGGGGGCCGCUGCCGGGGCACCGGGGUGAGCCGUUGGACGAUCGAGGAAUGGGAGAAAGGACUUUCGGGCCGAUUGGCCCUCGUGGGGAGCCGAAGGGGGAUAGAGCGAGGGGUCCAAAUGAUGGGCAUGACGAUGUGCCCGCAAAAGACCCUGUUUCGAAGGAAGAUGCUCACGACCAGCAGUCCAAGAAGCCGCGCACGGGGCAAGCGGGGCCUGGUGGCGAAGGGGCGGCUGCUCCAACGACCCCCCGUUCGCAUGGGGCGAAGGAGGGGCACAUCGACUGGGCCUCCGAGAGCCUGGAUGAUGCGAUGGACUUCUCUGAGCCCCCCCCGGUGUUCGGAGAUGCAACUGUAGACGAGCCUCCAAAGCCGCCUUUUGCAGCCGAGGGGUCCGAGGGCCUUCCUGAAGUUGACAGGCCGGGCCUGCCAAUGCCUCCCCACGAAAGAGAGCGGAGCUUCGGGGAGAGGGAUUCCCCCGGUUUCGGCGGACCUUCUGUAGGCCGCGAUCAUCCCGGUUUUGGGGGCCGCGAGCCAAUGGGCUUUCAGCAGAGGAGGGACUACCCCCCAGGUCCGGGUUUCAUGGGCCCGCAUCCCGGUCGGGGGGUGGGUCGGGGUUUCCCUGGUCCCCCCGGUCCGAUGAUGCGCCCGCCCAUGCAGUUUCCUGGCAUGCACCCCGGUUUCGUAGGGCGUCCUGCGCACGUGGGGCAUGAUCCAGCGAUGCACAUGAUGAGGCCGCCAGCCCCCCCUUUUGAAGCCCCGCAUCCGCGACCGCACCCAAGGCCCCACAAGGUGGUCGAGGUGCCCGCUCACGCACCUCCCGAAAAUUUCCGGCUCCUGAAACGGACUGAGGAGCAGUCGAAGCCGUCUGAAGAGGGGGAGGCGUCUAAAAGCCCUCACGGGGGGCUCCAACCUGUCGUUGGGGAAACGUUGGAGAAGAAAGCUGGACCGGAUGUUGUGGGUUCAAAGGGGCCAAGUGGAAAUGGAGCGGCGGGGACAGCUUCUCCGAAGGCAUCGCCGGGGCUGCCAGUCAAGGAGGCGCCUUCGGCGGAGCAGAUGAGCGAGCUCGACUUCGAUGCUCAGCGGCGGAAGCUGCGCGAGGAGUCACUCGAGAAGGCCCGCAAGCUGGAGCUCGAGUACAAGCAACGGGACCAGCAGAUCCUCCUCGCCAAAGCACAGGCGCAGCAGCUGUCUCAUCCGCCAAACCAAGACUGGACGAGAGCUCUGCCUGCGGGUGUCUCCCCACCUGACGCACCUGUAGAGUCGGUGGGAGAUCUCCCCUCGGGGGGCCCGAGCGACAGGUGGAUCCGUGGGGGCGGAAGAGUGGGAGGGGGAAGAGGUCGUGGGGAGAGAGACGGGGGAAGAAGAGGGGGCCACCAGGGGCGGCCUGAAAGCGGCGGGGACGGGGAGAAAACCUUGUCAGGGGGACAGCAUGUGAGCGUGGAGCAUGGGCUGACUGGGCCGCCUCAGGUACUGGAGUUGAGCGCUCAGCACCAAGCCGGUGCGAGUCGCGGACGUGGUCGGGGGCCCGCCCGGGGCCGCGGCGACUCUGGCAGGGGCAGCAGCAGUCGGGCAGACUCCUCCUCUUCCUCCCGCGACGAGCAUCAGAGCCAGGGGGGUAGUUUCGCCCACCUUUCGCAGGCCCCCGUGGGAGAGGUUCGCCGGAUUGAGGUCGGGCCGCAGCCUUUUGGGGAGGCGCAGCUUGACUUGGACAUCAAUGAACCGACUCCGCAUCUGCAACCGUCCGCAACGGCGGAGCCGAGGGGAGUUGGUGGUCCUGCGCCGGUGGACGAUGAGAAUAGGCACGGGGGCAAGGGGCCCGGUCGGAACCAGCGGCCUGAGAGGGCCAAUUCACACCAGCGGGCGCAGCAUCAGAAGCGUCCCUCGGAUCCACAAGAAGCUCCCAAGGCAGUAGAGGUAGUUAGCCACCAGCCGUCUCCAAGGGGUGUUAAUAUGCCCCCCGUCAGCCCACAAGACCAGCCGCCACUCUUAGCGUUGCCCGUUCACACCCCCUCUCAGAAGGGGAUCCUGCCGGACCCGCGCCAAGUCCCUCGGUCGCCCGUCCAAUCUGGGCCGCCUCACUUUGAUGUGAAACCCUCCGGAGUUUUUGAGCAGCCACACCCGAAUCCCUCUUCCGCUCGUAACCGGCAGCCUCGACAAGCCCCGAAGCUGGCGGAUCUGCCCGCCGCCUCCUCCCAGGGGGUCGAACAAGGCCUAAACGCCCCCCCCCCGGAGCAGCACAGGCCGGUGUCCUCUCAGGACGCCCGGAAAGGCGCGGGCGGUCACGUCGAGCAGUCACGAAAGUCCCCCCGGAUGCCUCCCGGCGAAGUGAAUGUGCCGCCUCAAAGUCAUGGCCAGCAAAUUCAGCAAGGACGGGGAGGGGCGCAGCUGCCUGGUGCGCAUGGCCCUGUGCGUAUGGAGGGCCAGCAAAGGACCCCGGAAACGGGUCACGUGGCGACUGGCUGGGGGGAGAUCCCAGUGCAGGGCCCCUCUGGUUGGAUGCACCCCCCUGAGAUGGCGUCCGAACGGCCAUCUGACCAGGUAGCAAGGCACCCGAACCCUCAGCCCCAACACUUCCCGAACCAUCCCCAGUUGCAGGCGCGACAACCCCACCCCAACUUUGCUCCAAACGCGCAUCCCCCCCAAGGGGCGGGGUGGGUGGUUCCGACUUCGACACAGCCACGAGAAGGCCGGAAUGAAAUUAGGGGUGGGGAGAGACAGAUGGCCGGUCCUCCAGGGGCGCACGUUCCAACCGGUUGGCCCGAUCAGCCGCGGCCUCACCUUAUCGCCGCCGACCUUAACCCUCACCUUAACCAGCCCCGUGGACCCAUCCCGCAGGGGGGGUACAAUCCCAUGGGUCUCAGGCCCCCGGCCGGGGGCUUCGCUGUUCCGAUGGGGCCCCCGCAGCAGCAAAUGGGACCCCCCCCGAACGCGCAGUUCCACCACGACAACCGACCGGUCAGCGAGGACGGUCAGCGGACGCCCAGGGGGCAUUCACACCAGAGGGGCCAUGGGCAGAGAGGAAAUGCGCACCCAGGUGAGGUCGGGCCUGAAGCGAGGCUGCCUCACGGAGGUGGGCCGGGAGCGACGGGUUGGGGGGUUCAGCCCGAGAUGUGGCUGCCGGGGCCACCGCAAAACCAGGGGGGUAAACCGACGGGCUGGGAUGUGCCCCCCGCUGAAGGCGGAGUCCAGGGGCCCAGGCCGGAAGGCCUUGUUAGACCGGAGGCCGGUCGGCCGCAAGUGGGCGUUCAGGACGCGCGGAAGCUGGAACAGGGCCCUGAGAGAAGCGCGGACGGGCAGGGAGAGGGUGGGGCGAGGAAGAAGCGGGACGGGAGGCGAGAGGGCAGGGGGUCGAGGAAGGGCCGGGGCAGUGGCAAGUCGGAGAACUCAGAAAACGUGGAAGAUGCGGCAGGCGAUAGCCCCCCAGAGUUCGGGCCUGACGGCGCCCACAUCCGGCGUCGGACCCACCCCACGCAAAGAGGUGCUCGGGGGCGGAGCGGCCGUGGGGGGGACAAGAACAGGGAAGGCGCGCCUGCUUCUCCACCCCCUGGGACGGAGAACCGCGGUCCAAGACCCGAGGGAGUACGACUACCCCCCACAGAUGAGCAGCAAAACCGACCCCCCCAAGCAGAGCUGCGAAAAGCAGCCCCCCAGGGAGAGCAGCGGAUUGCACCCCCCCAGGCAGCCGAGACCCCCCCAGAAGGAGCAGCAGCCUCGGCCCCCCUCUGGACAGCAGCCAAGCGGACACCCCCGGAACGAUCAGCAAGCGCCACCCCCCUAAAAGAGCAGCAGCAACGGCCCCCCCAGCAGCAAAGAGCCCCGCAGCCGAAACCGCAGCCGAAACCCGCCCAAAAGGAGCAGCAGCCGCGGCCGGCGGUGCAGAACCAAGAAGGGGGGGGGCCGAAAGCAGAGGGCGAGAGGGGUCCGGCACCCCCCCAGAGAGGACGGGAGCGGAAGAUGCGGCCAGUGCCAGCUGAAGUGGCAACCAAAGCGUCUGGAGCAGAGUCCGGGGGGCACGGGGGAGCGAGCAGCGAGGGUCCGAUGAAGAACGGUGGAGGGGCAGGGACAGGUAACCAGGCGAGAGCUCGCACGCCGAAACCGGAUGCGCAGACUUCUAGAGGGCCUGCCCAGCGGGGGCCGCAGGAAGGGCAGCCUAAAGCUCCUCAAGGAAGCGUUGCUCCGGCGGCGACGACGGUUGGCGAGAAGAAUGUGAGCAGCGAGGUCAACGCUAACCCGGAGGUCAACGCUAACAAGCCGAGGAAACCGGAGUUGGCUCGUUUUCGACCAAAAGGAGCCUCCACCGAAGGUGGGAGCCAACCUGCGGAGCAGCACGAGAGCGGGGGGGUCGCAAACGCCCCGAAACCUGUCCCCCCGGCUGAUCGGCGGAAGGGACCCAACCGAGGAAACGCUGUAGCUGCGGCCGCGGCGUGGAAGGAGAUCCAGACCGGGGGUCCGGAAACGGCUAAGCUUCCCGCCAGCGAGGCCCGGCAGGAGGCGACCGCUAGAGCUUCCCAGGGGCAUGGUUGGGAGAUGCCGCCGCAGCAGGGGGGGAACUCGCAGCCCAGACCGCAGGGGCCAGCGCACCCCCUCGGGCAGCAUCCUGGGGGCGUGAUUGGGCCUCAUGCGGAAGGUGGGGGGAGGGGAGCGCGUGGAAGAGCGGUGAGGGGAGGGGGGUUCCGGGGCGGAAGAGGCAGAGGGUUUGACGGAUCGGAACACAGAGAGGAGCAUGGGCCGAGGACUGUGGUCAAAGCGGGUUUGCAAGGCAAGGACGUUAUAGUCGCCUCUCAGGGCCACAAUCGCCCGAUGGGGCCGUCUUCCGGCUCUAGUUCCAACCCUCCGAGGCAAGUUGUAGGCCCUGGCAUAUCUGCUGUCGUCUAGUCGUAGACCUCUACAGUCGUACAACUAGACUGGAGGGAUCGGGGCAGAUGAUGACGUGGGUUUUGCUGGAGCAGUCGUAAUGGGCUGUCCAAAUCUGAUGGGGUCAGUCUGGCCCUCAGUUAGGUUGCUCCGCGAGCAAGUAGCCUCAGUUUCAUAAGACUAGCGCAAGCCACAGUUGAGUCUUAGGUUAGCAGGCUCCUGGCACAGCUUCAGCCUUGGCCGGCUAGGAACAUGUUACUGACACGUAUGUUGCAAACUGUACGCUGGUUUUGCACUUUCAUUAUGCUCAUUGCCGGCCUGAACAUCAACUGAGUGACCUAAUUGCC